UUUUGGGGCGUUUAGACUGUAUAGCGUACUACUAUAUUAGCUACAGUGGUAGCAGCCAUACCCGUCAGUUGGCUCUGCGCCUCCAUCGUUCACUGGUCUACAGUUUUGAGCUCUCCCCCCCGUCCCUGUUUUUUGGUUAUUUUUUGCUAUCGUGCUGGGAUAUUUAUCAAGUUCUACGUGACUUAGAAGCAGAAACAAUACGCGCUUGAUGUAAUGUUAAUUGAAAGCUGAAAGCAGGAGAUCCACCAUUAUCAGUCAAGUCGUCGACGAAGCCAUGACGAAUACAUCGCAGCUGUCGUUCCGGGGCGUUAGGGCUUCCAAAUUUCGCCACGUCUACGGUCAGACUGCGCGUAAAGACAAGUGUUAUGAGAACGUGAAAAUCACCAAAGACGCCCACGAUUCCAAUUGCUGCGCCGCUAAUCCGAAAUUCUUGGCCAUCAUUACGGAAGUGGCCGGAGGUGGAGCCUUUAUCGUUUUGCCGCUAGAAAAAACGGGCCGCUUGGAUCUUAACGUUGGCAAAGUGACAGGUCACGCCGGACCUGUCCUCGACAUCAAAUGGAAUCCGUUUAACGACAAUGUUAUCGCUUCAGCAUCUGAAGAUUGUACCGUCAAACUGUGGCACAUACCCGAUGGUGGAUUCACGGAAAAUGUCCAGCAAUGGCUAGUGGAACUCCGUGGCCACAAGCGGCGCUGCACCUACAUCGAGUGGCAUCCAACGGCGGAUAAUGUCCUCCUCAGCGCCGGUUCGGAUCACCUGAUUUUCGUCUGGAACGUUGGCACGAGUACGCCUAUCAACAUAAUCAAGUGUCAUCCGGAUGUCAUCUAUUCCAUGUCGUUCAACCGCGACGGCUCUCUACUGGCCACCACCUGCAAAGACAAGCAGUUACGCAUCUUGGAUCCGAGAACAGGUCGGGUGAUUAAGGAGGGCAUCUGCCACGUCGGCAGUAAAUCCAGCAAAGUGGUCUACUUGGGAGACACGGGUCGGCUCUUCACAACAGGAUUUUCUCGCCAAUCGGAUCGCCAAUACGCUUUAUGGUCGCAAGACGAUCUGAGCACGCCCCUGCGCUGUGAAAUGAUCGAUUCUUCGUCGGGGAUUUUGAUUCCUUAUUAUGAUCCGGAUACUCGGAUGAUAUACGUAGCCGGCAAAGGCGACGGAAACAUUCGCUACUAUGAAAUAGUAGACGAGGAGCCGUGGAUCCAUUAUUUGACGCAAUUCCUAUCCGGUUCGCCACAGCGCGGCCUUGGCUACAUGCCGAAACGGGGCGUUCAAACGCAACUCUGUGAGACAUUUCGCUUCUAUAAAUUGCAUGCCACCCGAGGGUUAUGCGAGCCCAUCAGUAUGAUUGUACCGCGCAAAAGCGAGACUUACCAAGACGACCUCUAUCCUGACACGGCAGCGCCCACUCCUGCCCUCACGGCUGAAGAAUGGAUUAAAGGCAUCAAUCGCGACCCGGUUCUCAUGUCUAUGAAAACAGGAUCGGUCCUACCGCAUGCAGUCAGGACAUUCAAGCCGGUUCGCUACGAUCCGGUGGAGCGCAAACUGCAGACUUCGGACAAAAAUAAUGACAAGAAGUUUGCUUUCAUCACGCAAGAAACGGUCGUCGACUAUCGACCUGUGGAGCGCGCAGAAUCUGGUUUCCACGACAUGAAUCCGUCGACGGACGAGGAUGAAAUGGCCUCGUCCGAUUCGCACGAAAAUGACGAGGACGACGACGACGAGGAUGAUAGUGAUCCGACGGCUCAACGCGAGAGGAUCCGUCGAAAUCACGUCUGGGCCAUCAUCAGCUUGCUGGAAGAGCAGGCCAAAGGACCCUAUCAUUUGAUGAUGCGAGCAGCAGACGCCAAGGCGGCAAAGACCUCUUGCAAUUUGGGCACAAAGUUCCAACAAACUCAACAAAUGUGGUCACGACCGACGCGCUCCAUGACUCAGUUGAACAUGGUCUCGCCUACUAAUGGAAUUCACAAAGCCAAUAGCAUCGGUAUUGGGAGCAUUGGGAGCAUUGGGGCGACGAACCAGCGUGCUAUUUCCGGAAGUGCUUUCAUAACAUCGGAGAAAGCUAUCGAAAUCAUCGACGCUCCUCUUCAAGGAACUGAAUUAAGGCGGGCAUACGAUGCCCAGGGAGAAGAAAUCCGGCGCUUGAAGCAGCAACUGGUACUCAAAGACCGUCGCAUACACGAGCUGGAGGAGCAACUUCAGCGCUUCAAAAUGUCUUUUAUCACCGAUUCAACAGCGUGAUUGCAGCUGGCAAGCAUCACGUCCUUGCCUACGAAUUGCGGAAGAAACGACUGAUAGAAGAAGUCCCGUCACUUUUGUGAUCGGUGUAAAUAUUAAUAGAGUCUGUCAGCAGACGUUUUAUUUUCGUUUAAAACUUGUGUUUCUGACUAUUGGCGAUAAUGCUUCACUUGUGAAGAGAGCGAUGAAGUAGGUUCAACUGGCCAAUGUCUCGCUUAUCUAUUCAAUCUAGAAGUGUUUGCUGGUCGAAUGCCAGUUCGUGCGUUUGCUGCUUUCCCUUCUUUUUUUAUUAUUAUAAUAAUUUUUUUUUUUUUUCCUUAUUUUUUCUUUGAGUAUAUUUUUUUAUGUUCUGCCUCACCGGAAUUGACUCGGAACUUUUUCAUUUGCCCGAAACCGUUAAAGAAGUUUUUUUUUUUUUUUCCUUUCCAUUUUGUUCUCCAUUUGCUCUGCCUCGCCUGGCUAGGAUUGUGUAAAAAAAAAAAAUGUUUUUUUUCUUUCUUUCUUAUAAAUAUAUACAUAUGACAACAUAAA